UCUCUCUUCCCUCAUAAAUUCCCACUCUCGAGAGCCCAUCCCUCUCUCGUUCCAAACUCGAAACAAAUCGAAGCAAUGGCCUUCGCAAAAGAUCCAAACCUCGAUCACUGAAACCCUAGUUUUUUCUCUGUGGAAAAUCUGAGAGCUUUUUAACUCCAAGAUGGCGAUGAUGAGCAAGACGAAGGAUUUGUUUGAGGGGAUAAUGAGGGAGGGAUCUUUCAAGUGGGCGAUCAGUCGAAGGACUUCGUUCGAUGAGGAGUUUGAGGAGAUGGGACGCUCUCCUUCGGGUAAAAGGAAGUCGAUUCCAGAACUCUCGCCGAUAGCUAACGUGAUUGUUGGUCGAUGCUCCAAAAUUCUGAAUGUUUCUACGGAGGAACUACAACGCAACUUUAAUUUAGAAGCAUCAGAGACUAUAAAGAUUCCCUCAGUUUAUGCAAGAAACUUCUUGGAGUAUUGCUGUUUUAGAGCCCUUGCUGCAUCAACACAAGUAACUGGACAUCUUGCUGAUCUGAAGUUUCGGCGUCUUACAUUUGAUAUGAUGCUAGCCUGGGAAGCUCCUGCUGCGAGUCAAGCUUCAAUUAAGGUGGAUCGUGACAGUACUGUUGGGAUAGAGGCUUUUUCUCGAAUAGCCCCAGCAAUACCCAUCAUAGCAGAUGUUAUAACAUGUUCAAAUCUUUUUGAUGUACUUACACAUUCUACUGGAGGUCGACUUUCAUUCACUGUCUAUGAUAAGUACCUUGGAGGACUGGACAGGUCCAUAAAGAAAAUGAAGACUCAAACAGAAUCUUCUCUUCUUUCCGCUUUUCGGUCACAUAGAGGGGAAAGGAUCCUUGAAAUGGAUGGCACUUUGACCACUCAACCAGUACUCGAACAUGUAGGAAUCUCUACAUGGCCUGGAAGAUUAACAUUGACGGAUCAUGCUCUUUAUUUUGAAGCAUUAAAAGUUGUGACUUAUGACAAGGCAAAAGUAUAUGAUCUUGCCGAUGAUUUAAAGCAGGUUAUCCGGCCUGAGCUGACUGGUCCUUGGGGUUCACGCCUUUUCGACAAGGCAGUUAUGUAUAAAUCCACAUCCUUAUCAGAACCAGUCAUCAUGGAGUUUCCUGAGCUUACAGGGCAUUCUCGUCGUGACUAUUGGUUAGCCAUUAUUCGAGAAAUUCUUUAUGCUCAUAGAUUCAUUAGGAAGUUUCGGAUUGUGGGCGUUGAGAGGGAAGAGACACUAUCUAAGGCUGUAUUAGGCAUUCUUCGAUUGCAAGCUGUUCAAGAUUUAGUCUCUUCAUUGCCUGUAAAAUGCGAAGCUCUUCUCAUGUUCAAUCUUUCUGAUGAGCUUCCUGGUGGCGAUUUAAUAUUAGAAACUCUUGCUUCCAUGGCACUCUCUAGGGGAUGGGAUCAGACCAAUAAUUCCAAUUCGAGGAAUGGAAUGCAUUCAAUAUCUGCGUUGACAAUUUUGUCUAAUCUGGGGGUUAUGUCACAAGGUAGUGAUGAUGGAAAACUCCUUGUUGGUGAGAUACUUGUUGGGGAAAUGACCUCCCUAGAAAGGGUUGUUAAUGAAUCUAGGAACAAUUAUAAAAUGGUAGAGAAAGCGCAAGCCACAGUUGAUGGGGUCAAAGAAGAUGGGCUUGACACCAAUUUGGCCGUUCUGAAGGAGUUGCUAUGUCCUAUGGUGGUGCUGGGAAAGAAGCUUACCUUUCUGGCAUCUUGGGAGGAUCCAUUCAAGUCUUUUGUAUUUUGUUCUUUGUCUAGUUUCAUCAUUUUCAGGGGGUGGUUGGGUUAUGUACUUGCUGCAGCACUCCUCUUUGUUGCAAUCUUCAUGCUGCUCACUAGAUAUUGUAAUCAAGGAAGGCCGAUCGAUCAGGUUAAAGUUGUGGCCCCUCCACCAAUGAAUACCAUGGAGCAGCUCUUGGCUGUUCAGAAUGCUAUUUCACAGGUUGAGGAGUUUGUUCAGGAUGCUAAUAUCGUUCUUUUGAAGAUAAGAGCUCUGCUGCUUGCUGCCCCUUCCCAGGCAACAGAUAGAGCUAUACUAGCACUGGUUUUACUGGCCUUGAUCACAGCCUUCCUACCUAUCAAAUGGUUAAUCCUUCUGACAUUUCUUGAGACAUUCACGAGAUACUCACCUCCAAGAAGGCUGAGCACUGAAAGAUGGACGAGAAGAAUGAGAGAGUGGUGGUUCAGCAUACCGGCAGCUCCAGUGGUUCUGAAUCGAGAGAGCAAAGAAGACAAGAAGAGGAAGUGAACCCUUUGUUGUAUAUAAGACAAGAAGAGGAAGUGAACCCUUUGUUGUAUAUACUGUACGUUGAAAAUGUAUCAAUAUGUACUUAGAAAUAGGCUUUGUUCAUGUUAUCAUAGAGAUAUGUUCACAAUAAUGCAUUUAUUUUAACCUUAUAUCGUGUUUCUUUUGUGUUAA